AUGCCAUCGCCAGUUGCAAGCGUUCAUCAAACUGCCCAUUCCGCUACGGUUCAAGCUGCACAAGAUCUUCCCAAAGAAAAGAAAUUAAGCGUACUUGAAUCCCACGGGUACUAUUUAGGAAAGACUAUCGGUACCGGUUCGUACGCUACUGUACGUGUAGCUCAAUCCGAAAGACACGAAGGACAAGUAGCUAUUAAAAUCGUUAGCAAGUUUUCCGCUCCGGCGGAUUAUCUGAAAAAAUUUCUUCCCAGAGAAAUAGAAGUUGUGAAGGGUUUAAGACAUCAAAAUUUGAUAAGAUUCUUGCAAGCUAUCGAAACCACUCACAGAGUCUACAUAAUCAUGGAAUACGCGGAAAACGGUAGCCUCUUAGAUAUUAUAAGAAAAGAUAAUUUCAUCGAUGAACCGAGAGCUAGAAAAUGGUUCAGACAACUCGUAGAUGGCGUGGAAUACUGUCAUGAUAGAGGUGUAGUCCACAGGGACGUAAAAUGCGAAAAUAUGCUAAUGGACUCCGGCUGGAAUCUAAAAAUAUCAGAUUUUGGUUUCGCCAGAGGUAAUCUGAAGGGUAAAAACGGUCAAAAUAUACUUAGCGAAACUUAUUGUGGUAGUUAUGCUUACGCUUCACCAGAAAUACUCAAAGGAAUACCAUAUCAACCCCAACAUGCCGAUAUAUGGUCUAUGGGGGUUGUUUUAUUUGCUAUGGUAUAUGGUAGACUACCUUUCGAUGACAGCAACUAUAGAGAAUUGAUUAAACAGGUUUCAAAUAAAGUUAAUUUUCCUAGAGAACCUAAAGUUUCUGGUGCUUGUAAAUCGCUUAUAAAUAAAAUUCUGGCUCCAUUAAAAUCCAGGAUACGUAUUAGUGGAAUCCGUAUUGAUCCCUGGUUUGUACAUAUGCACACAGUUCCAAGCCAAGAGAAACCGGAAACUAGUAAAUCUAUAUCAGAAGAAAGAAAGUUAUCCAUACCGAGUAAAGAUCUACAACCACCGAUGUUAAUAACGAAGCCUCAAUUAGAAGCCGCUGCUAAACCGAAAGUUAAAGGUAGAAGAAGUACAGUGGAAGAAACCGGGCUAUUAACCAAAUAUCCAGAUACUGAAAGUUUAUCGGCUAAUACGACAGAUACUCCUGAUAAUAUUUCUUGA